UCACCCGAAGAAGACUCUUCCCAGUCCUUGUUAAGUGGUUAUUUUGAGAUCCGUAGCGGAAAGGGGGGAACCUUUGCUGUGAUGCCGCUGGAAAGAUGGCUGCCUUUGGGAUCCUGAGUUAUGAACACCGGCCCCUGAAGCGGCCAAGGCUCGGCCCUCCCGAUGUUUAUCCACAGGACCCCAAGCAAAAAGAGGAUGAACUUACUGCUCUGAAUGUGAAACAAGGGUUCAAUAACCAGCCAGCAGUGUCUGGGGACGAGCAUGGCAGUGCCAAAAAUGUCAACUUCAAUCCCUCCAAGAUCAGUUCCAACUUCAGCAGCAUCAUCGCAGAAAAGCUCAGAUGCAACACAUUCCCUGACACAGGAAAGAGGAAGCCGCAGGUCAACCAGAAGGACAAUUUCUGGUUGGUCACCGCAAGAUCCCAGAGCUCCAUCAACAACUGGUUUACGGACUUGGCAGGAACCAAACCGCUCACCCAGCUGGCAAAAAAAGUUCCCAUCUUCAGCAAGAAGGAGGAGGUAUUUGGCUACCUGGCCAAGUACAGUGUGCCAGUGAUGCGUGCUGCCUGGAUGAUCAAAAUGACAUGUGCCUAUUAUGCAGCCAUAACCGAGACGAAAGUCAAAAAGCGGCAUGUCAUUGACCCUUGUAUUGAGUGGACCCAGAUCACCACUAAGUACUUGUCUGAGCAGCUGCAAAAAGUGGCGGAGUUCUACCGCCAGUCGUCCAGCGGCCAGGGCUGCGGAGAGCCGCCCCCGGCUGCCCCUGCUGAGGUGGAGACGGCCAUGAAGCAGUGGGAGUACAACGAGAAGCUGGCCAUGUUCAUGUUCCAGGAUGGCAUGCUGGACCGACACGAGUUCCUGACCUGGGUUCUGGAGUGCUUUGAGAAGAUCAGGCCUGGGGAGGACGAGUUGCUGAAACUGCUGCUGCCCCUCUUGCUGCAGUACUCGGGGGAGUUUGUACAGUCUGCCUACCUGUCCAGGAGGCUCGCUUAUUUCUGCACACGUCGGCUUAACUUGCUGCUGACCGACGGAAGCUUGGGACCCGGAUCCGGGGGGCAUCAGGCGCACGGGAUUUCGGCUCAGCCGGCGGGCGCAAUGCCACCCACACCGACAUCCCAGCCUGCAGGGGGCAACCAGCCUCAGACCCCUUUCACUGACUUCUACAUCUGCCCUCAGCAUCGGCCUCUGGUCUUUGGGCUCAGCUGCAUGCUUCAGAGCAUUGUGCUGUGCUGCCCCAGUGCUCUUGUGUGGCACUAUUCACUCACGGACAGCAGGAACAAGACUGGCUCUCCACUGGACCUGCUGCCCAUUGCCCCCUCCUACCUGCCCAUGCCCGGGGGCAAUACUGCCUUCACUCAGCAGGUGCGGACGAAGGUGCGGGAAAUCGAAGAGCAGAUAAAAGAGCGAGGUCAGGCGGUGGAGUUCAGGUGGUCCUUUGACAAGUGCCAGGAGACCACAGCUGGCUUCACCAUUGGCCGAGUUCUUCACACCCUGGAGGUGCUGGACAGCCACAGCUUUGAGAAGUCCGACUUCAGUAACUCCCUAGACUCCCUCUACAACCGCAUCUUCGGAUCUGGGCAGAGCAAAGACGGUCAUGAGAUGACCCCAGAGGAUGAUGCCGUGGUGACGCUGCUUUGUGAGUGGGCAGUGUGCUGUAAGAGGUCAGGGAGGCACCGGGCCAUGGUGGUGGCCAAGCUCCUGGAGAAGAGACAGGCUGAGAUCGAGGCUGAGAGGUGCGGAGAGUCCGAGGUGGCUGACGAGAAGGGCUCUGUGUCCUCGGGCUCCUUCUCCGCUGCUACCCUGCCGGUCUUCCAGGACGUCCUGCUGCAGUUCCUGGACACCCAGGCACCUGUGCUUACCGAGCCAGGGAACGAGAGUGAGCGUGUGGAGUUCUCCAAUCUGGUGCUGCUGUUCUGCGAGCUUAUUCGCCACGAUGUCUUCUCGCACAACAUCUACAUGUGCACACUCAUCUCCCGCGGCGACCUGGCCUCCGACCUGCACCUGCCCCGCCCCCGCUCGCCCGGCGACGAGCCGUCUGACGAGAUGGAGCGCAAGGAGCAGGAGACUGGCGGUGGCACCAAGAUCGAGGACACUGGGCUCAUGGAGUCAAUGGAGAUCGAUCAAAAUUCGAGCGCUAAUUUUGACGAGAUGUUUUCUCCCCCCAUGCACUGCGAAUCGAAGGGCAGCCCCUCCCCUGAGAAACCUGCCCCAGAGCAGGAUGGGAAGAGCGCCGCCAAAGACAGGGGCGCGGACGCCGUGUUCCCACCCGUGUACGAGCAGCCACGCCACAUCCAGUACGCCACGCACUUCCCCAUCCCGCAGGAGGAGAGCGCCAGCCACGAGUGCAACCAGCGCCUGGUGGUGCUGUACGGCGUGGGCAAGCAGCGCGACGAGGCGCGGCACGCCAUCAAGAAGAUCACCAAAGACAUCCUGAAGGUGCUGAACCGGAAGAGCACUGCAGAGACCGGGGGUGAAGAGGGUCAGAAGAGGAAAAGGAGCAAGCCAGAGGCCUUCCCAACAGCAGAGGAUAUCUUCUCCAAAUUCCAGCAUCUCUCCCACUUUGACCAACAUCAGGUCACCUCUCAGGUGUCCAGGAAUGUUCUGGAACAGAUCACCAGCUUUGCCUUAGGGAUGUCCUACCACCUGCCCUUGGUCCAGCACAUCCAGUUUAUCUUCGACCUCAUGGAGUACUCUCUCAACAUCAGCGGCCUCAUUGACUUUGCGAUCCAGCUGCUGAAUGAGCUGAGCCUGGUGGAGGCGGAGCUGCUGCUCAAGUCGUCCAGCCUGGCAGGCAGCUACACCACGGGGCUGUGUCUGUGCAUCGUGGCUGUGCUCCGGAGGUACCACUCCUGCCUCAUCCUCAACCCUGACCAGACGGCGCAGGUCUUCGACGGGCUGCGGAUUGUGGUCAAACACGGGGUGAACCCUGCAGACUGCUCCUCAGCUGAGCGCUGCAUCCUGGCCUACCUGUACGACCUCUACACCUCCUGCAGUCACCUCAAGAGCAAGUUCGGAGAGAUCUUCAGUGAUUUUUGCUCAAAGGUGAAGAACUCGAUCUACUGCAACAUUGACCCGUCCGACUCCAACAUGCUGUGGGACCCGGGGUUCAUGAUCGAGACCCUCGCCAACCCUUCCGCCCACAACUUCAACCACUCGGUUGUGGGCAAGAUCCUCAACGACAGCCCUGCCAACCGCUACAGCUUCGUCUGCAAUGUGCUUAUGGAUGUGUACGUGGACCACCGGGACCCUGAAAGGGUGAAUGACAUUGGGAUCCUGUGCGCGGAGCUGACGGCGUACUGCCGUUCCCUGAGCGCCGAGUGGCUGGGCGUGCUCAAGGCCCUCUGCUGCUCCUCCAACAACGGCAACUGCGGCUUCAACGACCUGCUGUGCAACGUGGACGUGAGCGAUCUAUCCUUCCAUGACUCCCUGGCGACCUUCGUCGCCAUCCUCAUCGCCCGCCAGUGUCUCCUGCUGGAGGAUCUGGUUCGCUGUGUGGCGAUCCCCUCCCUCCUAAACGCAGCCUGCAGUGAGCAGGACUCGGAGCCUGGGGCCAGGCUGACCUGCAGGAUCCUGCUGCACCUCUUCAAAACGCCACAGCGCAACCCCUGUCCCCAGGAUGCUGCCAAGUCAGAUAAAACCUCUGUUGGAAUCCGUUCGUCAUGUGAUCGCCACCUCCUGGCUGCUUCGCAGAACAGCAUUGUCGUUGGAGCUGUGUUUGCUGUCCUGAAGGCUGUCUUUAUGCUGGGAGAUGCAGAGCUAAAGGGUUCUGGGUUCUCCCACCCUGCUGGGCUGGACGACAUUGGAGAGGAUGACGUUGGCUCCAAAAAGCCCGGUGGACGCACAGUCUCAAUAGAAACCGCCAGUUUGGAUGCGUACGCCAAGUAUGUGCUGAAGAGCAUCUGCCAGCAGGAGUGGGUGGGUGAGCGGUGUCUGAAGUCCCUCUCGGAGGACAGCAGUGCCCUGCAGGACCCUGUGCUGGUCAACAUCCAGGCGCAGCGGCUGCUGCAGCUUAUCUGCUACCCGCACCGGCAGCUGGACAGCGAAGAGGGCGACAACCCGCAGAGACAGCGCAUCAAACGCAUCCUCCAGAACUUGGAUCAGUGGACCAUGAGGCAGUCGUCGCUGGAGCUGCAGCUCAUGAUCAAACAGAGCAGUAACAACGAGCUGAACUCCCUGCUGGAGAACAUCGCCAAGGCUACGAUCGAGGUGUUCCAGAAGUCGGCGGAGAUGAACUCCAUUAGCCUCUCGGGGAGCGUGUCGGUGCUGCUGGGCAGCGCAGGGAACGCCGUAUCCAACAGCAACAACGGCAGCAAAAUGAAACCAGUGCUCAGCUCGUCGGAGCGUUCCGGAGUGUGGCUGGUGGCCCCCCUGAUCGCCAAGCUCCCCACGUCAGUCCAGGGCCACGUGCUGAAGGCCACCGGGGAAGAGCUGGAGAAGGGCCAGCACCUGGGGUCCUCAUCACGAAAGGAGAGGGACCGACAGAAGCAGAAGAGCAUGUCCCUUCUGAGUCAGCAGCCCUUCUUGUCCCUUGUGCUCACCUGUCUGAAGGGUCAGGAUGAGCAGAGGGAGGGCCUUCUCACUUCCCUCUACAGCCAGGUCCAACAGAUUGUCACCAACUGGAGGGAGGACCAGUACCAGGAGGACUGCAAAGCCAAGCAGAUGAUGCACGAGGCCCUGAAAUUACGUCUUAAUCUGGUGGGUGGGAUGUUUGACACAGUGCAGCGCAGCACCCAGCAGACUACAGAGUGGGCAGUGCUUCUCCUUGACAUCAUCAGCAGUGGCACGGUGGACAUGCAAUCCAACAACGAGCUGUUCACCACGGUCCUGGACAUGCUGAGCGUGCUCAUUAAUGGCACCCUGGCCGCUGACAUGUCGAGCAUCUCGCAGGGCAGCAUGGAGGAGAACAAGAGGGCCUAUAUGAACCUGGUUAAGAAACUCAGGAAAGAGUUGGGGGAGCGUCAGUCAGAGAGCCUGGAGAAAGUGCGGCAGCUGCUGCCCCUCCCUAAACAGACCCGUGAUGUCAUCACCUGCGAGCCCCAGGGCUCGCUCAUCGACACCAAGGGCAAUAAGAUCGCUGGCUUUGAGAAGGAGGGCCUCCAAGUGUCGACGAAGCAGAAGAUCUCCCCGUGGGAUGUGUUUGAAGGACUGAAACACUCGGCCCCUCUGUCCUGGGGCUGGUUUGGGACAGUGCGGGUGGACCGCAAGGUCACCAAGUUUGAGGAGCAGCAGCGCCUCUUGCUGUACCACACGCACCUGAAGCCUAAGCCGCGCAGCUACUACCUGGAGCCCCUCCCCCUUCCCCCCGAGGAGGAGGAGCCGGUGACGCCUGUCCCGCCUGAGCCUGAGAAGAAGGCAGCAGAGGCCGCCAAGCCAGAGAAGAGCGCGCCCGCUAUCACCGCUGACCCGACCAAGAAGAAGCCCAGUAAGAAGAAGAGGAACCAGUCCACCAGCAAGACCGAGGACUACGUGGCAAGCACACAGAGGGGGGUUCCCUAUGGGUCAGGCAUGCCACCUGACCUUCUACACAGUCAGCAGGGACACCCAUUCAGCAGGAUGGGGUAUGGCCAGCAGCCCAUGGGCAUGUAUGCCCAGAACCAGCCACUGCCUGCAGGCGGUCCUCGGUUAGACAGCCCGUACCGGCCUGCCCGCUUUAACAUCUCGAUGGGCAAGCUCAUGCCCACCCGGCCUGCGUACCCUGGCAUGAUGUCAGCCAUGCCUGGGGGGGUUGCUGGCAUGAUGGGGAUGGAACAGCAGCAGUACAAGAUGGGGGGCUACAAGCAGCAGCCAACCAUACCCCAGGGCCAAAUACUGCGGCAGCAACUGCAGGCCAAACUGAACCAGAGCAUGCUGGGACAGCAGAUGCGCCAGAUGACGCCCAACCCCCAGUAUGCGUCCAUGCAAGCCUCUCAGACUAUUUCCCAGGGCUAUACCACUUAUGGCUCGCACAUGGGGAUGCAGCCGCAUCCCUCCCAAACUGGUGGCGUAGUCCCCCCUGCAUAUGCUAACCCGACUUUCCAGGGCUCGCACCCGGGCACGAACCCCGCCAUGGUGGACUCUCUACGGCAGAUGCAGCAAAGACCAAGUGGCUACGUCCACCAGCAGGCCCCUGGCUAUGUGCACACUAUGCAAAACACACAGAGGUUUGCCCAUCAACCCAUCCAGCAGACACCCCUCAUGCAAGGGAUGGGCCACAUGGCGAACCAGGCCGUACACCAAGGCAUGAGACCAAACCAGAUGCUGAAUGAUCAGCAGCAACAGGCCCAACAGCAGCAGCAGCAACAGCAUCAGUACCUGAGACAACAGCAGGCUCUGAGGCAACAACAGCAGGUUCAACAGCAGCAGCAACAGCAGGUCCAACAGCAAGUCCAGCAGCAGGUCCAACAGCAAGUCCAGCAGCAGGUCCAACAGCAAGUCCAGCAGCAGGUCCAACAACAUGUACAGCAGCAGGUCCAACAACAAGUCCAACAGCAGGUCCAACAACAGCAGCAGCAACAGGUGGCUGCUGCUCAGCCCCCAGCCCAGACCCUGGGCAUGCAGCCCCUUCCCCCACAGCAACCCAUGUUCCCCCGGCAGGGUAUGCAGCAGACGCAACAGCAGCAGCAGACUGCAGCCCUGGUCAGGCAGCUUCAGCAGCAGCUCUCAAAUACACAGCCUGGACAGAACACCACCUCAUAUUACUAAGUUUACAGAGUGUGAAUUCCCACCACUUAAGCUGCUGUGGGACCAAAAGGGGACUGUUUCUGCCACUGGCUUGGAGAACAGCCACUCUACCCCCACGGUUGCAGGGCACAGAAAUAAUGGCCAACAUUUUUUUUCUUUUUGAACUUUGUCUCCUCUUGAAGACUGACUGCAAUCCAGAGAGCAAUUCUGCUGUGACAGCGAUUGCUUUGCAACUGAGAGUAACGGAAGAAGAGUUUAUGUAUAAAGAAGUUAUAAUAAUGCAACUUUUUAUUUUAUUUCAAUUUGUACAAUGUUUUGUUGUUUUCCCUCAUUAAAAAAUGAAGUCUGUUUUAUCAGUUUUGAUCCAUCUGUGGGGAUUGUUUCAUUGAUGCUGAUGUUGUCCUGCUCUUAAGUCAUGUGGGGAGGAGUCAGAAAGGAAGAGAGGCAACCACUGGGAACAUUUUACA